AUGACACUUGAUCCCAAAGAGAUAAAGAUCCCAGAGAAUGAUGAUAUCAGUAUCGGAAUGCUGCAAGUGCAGUACUCCGAAAAGGAGGAAAAGCGAGUGAUCAGAAAAACCGACUGUUUCAUGUUACCGGUGAUGUGCCUGGUAUUCUUUUUCCAGUAUUUGGACAAACAGAGCUUAAGCUAUGCAUCCAUCUUCGGACUCAUUGAUGAUCUUGACUUGAAAGGAACGGAAUACUCCUGGUGCUCUUCAUUAUUCUAUCUUGGGCAGCUAGUUGCGGAAUAUCCGUUCAUUUAUCUCAUGAGCCGACUUCCAUUGACCAAGUUUGUCGGGGUCACUAUCGUAUUAUGGGGGGCGGUUUGCAUGUGCUUAGCAGCGCCUUCUGACUUCGCAGGCUUUGGCAGUGUGCGAUUUGUUCUUGGUAUGACGGAAGGGGCAGUCUCUCCCGCCUUCGUGACCCUCACCAGUAUGUGGUAUAGAAGGGAAGAGCAUGCUACAAGAGUUGGUAUCUGGGUUACAAUGAAUGGUCUCGCUCAAGUCCUCGGAAGUUUGCUCAUGUAUGGAAUCGGGAAAACACUGAACUCUUCGCUGGCACCUUGGAGAGUUCUAUUCCUCAUAUGUGGAGCGCUCACGGCAACUUUCGGAUUUGUAUUUUACUUUAUUGUGCCCACAGGCCCCGAGAAAGCCUGGUUUCUUUCGACCCGAGAGCGAGAAGUCUUGCUGGCAAGAAUGGCUCUUGACAAAGACGGCGGGGAUAAAACAAACUUCUCCAAAGCCCAAAUGAAGGAAACUCUCCUAGACAUUCGAUCGUGGUUUGUAUUCUUUUUCGGGGUACUUACUACGCUGCAGUCACCGGUUCUGGCGUUCGCCUCUUUGAUCAUUGAAAAUCUGAACUACGACAAAUUUCAAACCAUGCUGUUUACAUCGCCCUCCGGUGCCAUUCAGAUCUUAGCCAUCUGGAUUGGGGUCUUUGCCUGUAGAUGUCUGCCAAAUAAUCGAUGCUUAGUGAUUAUUUUGCUUAGCAUCCCUCCUUUUGUUGCAAAUAUUUUGCUUCUGAAACUUCCUCUCACGUCAGGAUGGGGCUUAAUUGUAUCGUCAUGGCUGGCGUCGUGCAUAUCUGAUAUUAUGGUCAUAAUUCUCAGCCUAAGCGCGUCCAAUGUCAAAGGAAACACGAAGCGAGCGAUAGUCAACACAUUCUACUUUAUUGGAUACUGCAUUGGUUGUAUUGCAGGGCCUCAAUUGUGGCACACAAAUGCGGCUCCAAGGUUCUUCGCAGGAAUCGUCACAGCGAUCACCACAUGGUGCUUGUUCUUAGUGGCUGUGUGCAUUUACUGGUAUCUUUGCCGGAAGGAGAAUGCCAAGCGAGAUCAUAAAAAUCUCACCUCUCGUGACCAGGUGUAUCAUACCGAAGAUAUCACCGAUAUUGAAGACUCGCACUUCCGAUACAGCUAUUGA